AUGGAUAUUCAUGUUCUUCAAAGCCAGCCCGCCCAGAAGGUCGCGUUUAAAGACUCUUCCACGGUUCGUGUGGGUAAUAAACUUGUUCGCAAUAAGCCACCCACCCAGCCCUCUGCUAUGCGACCCAAGCAUUUGGUCCGCGGCGGGUUCCAGCCGCGCCUUCCGACUUCGCUGCCGCCCCCAAGGCAGCAGCAGCAGCCGUCGCCGCUACCACGCCGACAGCCCGUCCCGUUGAUGCCUCCCGCGCAGCUUCAUCCGGGAGCGCCCCAGGUGGUCGCUCCGGCGCCUGCGGUCCCUCUUCAGUCGCCACCGCCUUCGGAGCAGAUGGACGUCGACCCCUCAGCCGGGCCGCCAUCCCAAGCGGUGGCUGUGCAGCCUGUCCUGCAGCCGCUUUCCUUGGGCACCCCCAAGGAGUAUGACACCGCAGCGCCUUGUCCGGCGCCCACUCAGCAGCCGUCGACGCAGCGUCAGGAGACGCUGCCCCUCUUCGUGGGUCCCGACGCCCCGUCGCGUCCAGUACCAGAAGCUGCGCCCGUGGUCACAGGCCCGCUGGGCUAA